ACCAAAACGCCCCGCUUCACGCCCACUCCAAGUCUCCAACCCCCCUCCCCUUAAUUUUAUUAUUCUAUUUUUCCCGCCUCCCGCUCUCCGAUCGCCGCCCCCAUGAGCUCGAGAGAUCUCGCCCUCAUCUCCGUCUCCGCGGCCAUUGGAGCCCUCGCCUCUUUGAUUGCCCUCCGUCUAAUCUCCUCGAACCUUAAGAGGCCCUCUCCGCGCCUCCUCUCGCCUCCUUCCACCAAUGGUACCGUCGAGAACUCCACCGAUCAGAGCCCCUUCGAUCCCUCCAAGCGCAAAGGGUAUCUUUCGUGGGAUGAUUACUUUAUGGCCAUUGCAUUCCUUUCGGCGAAGCGUUCUAAGGAUCCCAACAGGCAGGUUGGAGCAUGCCUGGUCAGUCUAAAUGGAAUAAUUCUUGGCAUUGGCUAUAAUGGAUUUCCAAGAGGUUGUUCUGAUGACAAGCUCCCUUGGGCAAAGAAAUCUAUGAGCGGAGAUCCACUGGAGACAAAAUUCCCCUAUGUCGUUCAUGCUGAAGUUAAUGCUAUCCUCAACACAAACCAUGCAUCUGCUUCCGGACAGAAAUUAUACGUCACAAUGUUCCCAUGCAAUGAAUGUGCAAAGGUUAUCAUCCAGUCAGGUGUCUCUGAAGUCAUAUAUUUUGUUGAGAAAACGUUGGGCAAGUCUGAUGCCAUGUAUGUUGCCUCUCACAAGUUGUUAUCUAUGGCUGGUGUUAAGGUUAGGAAGCACCAACCAAAAAUGUCACAGAUUUCAGUCAAGUUUGAGGAGCAUUAGAAGCAAUAUAGUCCUCGAGUGCUUGCUAUUGCUUUGUAAGAUAUCAACCUUGAUAUGUAAUCUCAUGUGGAAGCAAAUUAUUUGUAGUGGUCCGAAGAUGAUUUUUGAAAUCAAAGAAAAUGGGCGGGCUUAGCAUGGAGAUAAUCUGGACUUCUUCAAUUACCAUCAUUCUAUCAGCCGCUUCUCCACAGUUCAUACCAGCAUUUCUUCAGGACAGUAUAAUCUUAAGACUAGAGUCCUCCUGGUGUUGGUGUUUGUAGUGAAAAGCUGCCACUCUUUGUUCCAUGAUUCCAGAAUGCUUCGACAGAACUUGGUUAUGUUGGGUCUGAUUAGGUUGUCUAUAUUUUCAUGAGUGGUUUUAUCACUCCUCCUUAGGAAUUGCUUACAGGGCCACAAAAGUAUUCAUAUGCACUGCCGGCCUGCCAUGUGGCAUAAGGUGAUUGGUGCUCUAUAUGACCAACCCCUAAUGAAUUGCACAACAACAUGUAUGGUACUAAUUUCCUUUGUGCCGCAUGAAAUCCCAGAGAUGAAGAGAAAUGUUUGGUACCAAGGUUGGGAGUUAUGGCAUUAGUCAAGCUAGCAAGAAUCAUGUAAGCCCAAACUCAAUGAAAUUGUAAAUCAGUUGGAUCAGAUCAAAUUGUAUGUCUUGGAUCUUUCAAGAAGUUAA